AUGGAGUGGGUUAUAUCUAGUGCUGGAGCAAAAUGGAAGCAGUUUAAGGCAAAACUAAAGGAAAAAAUUUUUGAUGAAACAAAAACUGAUGAAGAACUGAAGAACUUACAUGGUCAUAGAAUAGAUGAUCAUGAAUUCGAUUCUCUUCUCAAAUAUUGGAGGUCUCCUGAGUCUCAAGCUCUGGCGGCAAGAGGAAAAGAAAAUCGUGCAAAGCUGAAGUUUCUUCACACAUCAGGAAGUGUGAGCUAUGCUUCUACUGCACAUAAACUGGACCAGCUGAAAGAAGUUGUUGCUGUAUAUCCGGAGCUGAUGGAUAAGACAAUUCAGCAAGGUGAUAUUCUUGCUGUUGUUUGUGGAAAAAUGGAGCCAAAAGGUCGAGUCCGUUGUUUGGGUCUGGGACCAACUCCUCAAGACAUUGGUACCCCAGGACUUAAGGCGUACACAUCGACAAGGCUCCAAAUACAAGUUCUGGCACGUCAGAAGGCUGAAAGUGAGAUUCUAGUGCUACAACAACGUAUCUUGGAUAUGCAACAAAGGGAGGAGCAAAGGAUGGCACAAGGAUCUCCAAACGUCGAAAUAUUCUCACACAAUGGUUCAAACUCAAGACAGCAAUUGAGCCCAAGAUCUGAGGAACUUGGUGAGGCCAAUCAGCAUGUUCAAGGUGAAGAAGAUGACUAUGUAGAGGCAAACAACUAUGAUCAGCAACCGGAUGAUGAGGCCAAUGAGGAAGUUGUUGUCCCUGCAGUCUUGCCUGCCAUUAAUAUUACAACAUCACCAAGCAAUGAUGUCCCACAAUUUACGCGUGAUGCACUUGCUGGAAAUGAGGUCAUAUUAUUUUCCAUGUCGAGUAAUGAAAAAGUGGCUAAGGCAACUGUUGUUUCAGUUAAUCCACACAAUAAGCUAGCGGGUGUGGCUCUUGGAGCUAAAUUCUGUGAAGUUAUUGUCAAUGUUGUCUUCCGGCGUGAAACAUUAGUGCCACGUCCUUAUGAUGAAAUAAAGACACUAGGGGAUGCUGUAAAGAUGCCGAUUGCUUGGCCCUUUAAUCGACUGAAGGUCUGCAGUCAGCAACCAAGACGUUCUCAGGAUGUUGCUGCAGGAUCAUCUCAGAGACGCUAGGCGGCGCUAGCUUUGUUGGAAGGAAGGGUGUUGGGAGCAAAUAUGCUGCAGGAUCUUCUCAUCGGGUUGUUGCUAGCAACUUGUUGAUAGGAAGCCACUGAAUUAUCAAAUGAUGAUGACCUAGAUGCUUACUUGCAUGCUUUUGGACUACAAUAUGGUAGUUUUAGUUUGUGGACUCCAACCUAUCUUUUGCUCCAUGUUGGAUCACUUUUGGCUAGUGGCUUUCACUCAACAGGAAAACAUUGCUUGUUGUACAACCUAAUGACUUAGCUAGAUUUUGUAUUCAGCUACUAUAUAUAUGCUUGUAUGUUGCCUUGAUGGCAAGAGGCUUGAGCUAGCUAGUGACAUGAUUAUAUAUGUACUCAUUUAAUAUUGAUGAAUGAGAGUAUGAUUAUGCUAUUGUGUA